CACAUGACCAGAGGCCAGCUGAUCAUCACGGAGUCUGACAAGAUCACGGACAUCAGCUCGAUCGAGGCUUCUAAACCUACACGGAAAAUAACGUGUUUUCUGUGUUAUAUGCAUAAUUUAAUACAAGCUAACGUUUGAGUGUUAAUCUUAGGAAAAGGAAACAAACAGAAUACCGCAUUCAUCGACCAAAGGACGAGAAGAUGUCUGGAAAAGAGAGGAUUGACGUGUUCCCCUCCAGAAUGGCUCAGACCAUCAUGAAGGCUCGGCUCAAAGGAGCGCAGACCGGCCGAAACCUGCUUAAGAAGAAAUCUGAUGCCCUCUCCAUGCGCUUCCGUCAGAUCCUCCGCAAAAUUAUCGAAACUAAGACUAAGAUGGGAGAGGUGAUGAGAGAGGCGGCCUUCUCUUUGGCUGAAGCCAAAUUUACAGCUGGAGACUUUACCACAACAGUAAUCCAGAAUGUCAACAAAGCUCAAGUGAAGGUCCGAGCCAAGAAAGACAAUGUGGCAGGUGUCACCCUUCCAGUUUUUGAACACUACCAAGAAGGCGGGGACAGUUAUGAGCUGACUGGUCUGGCCAGAGGAGGAGAGCAGCUCUCCAGGUUGAAGAGGAACUACGCCAGAGCUGUUGAGCUGCUGGUGGAGUUGGCCUCCUUACAGACAUCUUUUGUCACGCUGGAUGAAGCCAUUAAGAUUACCAACCGCCGUGUCAACGCUAUUGAGCACGUGAUUAUUCCCCGCAUUGAUCGCACCCUCACCUACAUCGUCACAGAACUGGAUGAGAGAGAACGAGAGGAGUUCUACAGGCUGAAGAAGAUCCAAGAGAAGAAGAAACAGCUCAGGGAAAGAACAGAACUGGAGAUUGCCGAGCGUCUGGCUAAACUGGGUCCCAUCGCAGAGCCCACCAACAUGCUGAUGGAGGAGAGGGAUGAAGACAUGCUGUUCGAGUGAAGCGCUCUCAGGCCAGACAAGUCACUGACUUCCCCCAACAUCCUAUUUAUUCUGUGCCUCUCAGGCCAUGUCUAUGUCCUCUCGUGCAAAUGAUGGAAGUUUUUUUUUUUUUGUGUACUUGUCUGUGAUGAUUUGUUCUAUUGUUUCAGUGCUGGAUGAUCCUGUGUGUUUCCAGACUUUGUCACUGUACAGAACAAAAGUGUUGUCGCACUUGGCUGUUUACCUACAAGGGAGUCAGUUCACUGUUAUAAAAUGAUCUCAACAAUAAGAAUAUAAGUACGUUUACACAUGGUUUGCGAGUCAAAUAAAGAAGCAUUCCGUGUGACUGAUCCACUUGUAGAUAUUUUAGGUUCAUCACAUCAAAAGCCAUUGCAUGCUGUAAAGUUUAAGGUGGUUGUAGAUUUCAAAGUGUGUGCGAGUCUGUGUUGUGGAGGUUGUUAUUACCUCAUUUGAGGAUCUUUACCAUUGCCCAGAAAACUCUAAAGUGACCCUACUGUAAAUUGUAGUGUGCAAGUAAACGCCCCACACUUCGUCCAAAUAAAGAUGGUAUCAGCAUCCA